GGAGAGUCUCCAGGGACCUUGAAGUGUAACACAAACAAUGACGGACGCAGCCUUUGCCAGACCGUACCACAUUAUUGUUUUCGGUGCCUCCGGGUUCACCGGGCAGUUUGUGGUGGAGGAAGUCGCCCGAUGUGCAGCAGAGAGUCCCGGCUCCCUGCAAUGGGCCGUGGCCGGGAGGAGCAGACAGCGUCUGGAGGGAGUGCUGAGACGCGCCGCGGGGAAGCUGUCUAUGCCGGAGCUGAGGACAGAUGUUGAGAUAAUAAUCGCUGAUGUGUCUAUCGAAGAAUCGCUGGCUGUCAUGUGCCAACAAGGCCAGGUGAUUCUCAACUGUGUUGGACCAUACAGAUUUUACGGUGAACCAGUGGUCAAAGCUUGUAUAGAAAAUGGGGCUCACUAUGUGGACAUCUGUGGGGAACCUCAGUUCCUAGAGCGUAUGCAGCUAGAGUACCACGCCAAAGCCUCAGAGAGAGGAGUGUAUGUAAUUGGCAGCUGUGGCUUCGACUCCAUACCGGCAGACCUGGGUAUCCUCUACACACAGAAGCAGUUCAAAGGAACACUGACAGCAGUGGAGAGCUUCCUGGUUAUCAGCAGCGGGUCUGAGGGGUCGUCUGGCCAUGAUGCAACUUGGCAGUCUGCUGUGUACGGCUUCGCAGACAGCGGAUCCCUUCGCCAGCUGAGGAAGAAGUUUGGCCACAAACCGCUGCCUGUGCUGGGAGCCAAAGUAAAAAAGAGGGGUUUUGUGUCUUUCAGCAAGGAGAUUGAGCAGUACGCCAUCCCAUUCAUGGGUUCUGACCCCUCGGUAGUAAAGAGAACCCAGCGUUUCCUUUACGAGGAGGAGCACCAGUCACCAAUCCAGUACAGUGCCUUCGUCGGGGUCGGCGGCCUCUUCUCUGUAGUGAAGUUCUUCUGUGGCGGACUGCUCUUCGGGUUUCUUGUCAAAUUCAGCUUCGGCAGGAAACUCCUCACUACGUUUCCACGGUUUUUCUCCUUUGGCUUGUUCAGCAAGGCUGGUCCAACCGAAAAGCAGAUAGAAAACACCUGCUUCAGCAUGACAUUUUUCGGAGAGGGUUACUCAGAGGGCACGGACCCCUCACAGGGCCGACCCAACUCUAAGAUCUGCACCCAGGUCAUAGGAGCAGAGCCUGGUUAUGUAGCGACAGUGUCUGCUAUAGUGCAAGCAGGAGUAACCCUGCUGAAUGAAAAGCACUCGCUCCCCAAGAGGGGAGGGGUGUACACUCCAGGAGCUGCCUUCUAUAAAACCAGCCUCAUCCACCGCCUACAAAAUCACAGCAUCAAGUUCUCAGUGAGAAGCUACCAGUAGCUCUUUAACAGUGGCUCCUGUGAAGGUGAGGCCACUUUACAGUCACAGUGUACUUUAUCUGUGCUGAUAUUCACUACAGAUGUUUAAUUAUCUGUCAUGCAGUGAUUAUCAAACUUUUUUUUUGUUUUGGGACACAAAUAUGAAGGUUGUAAUUUAUUAGAGGUCAGAGUGAUCUGACCGUCUGUAACUCUGAAACAGAGAGAGGUUUGUUGUCUUGCUCAAAGACACUUCAGAAAACACUGUACACACACUGAGUCCAGCUGUGCCUUUACCAAAGAUACUUUUUCUUUCUACUUUCUCUCUGCAAAGCAAGACCUCAUGUUUUUAAUCUGGUUAAAUGAAAAUACAAUUUCAUUGCUUGUUUUACUGUUUUUCUGAAUGAAGAGAUGAAAAUAUAUCACCAAGUUGUAAAGUUUAUUUAUUACAGAUGGCAGGUAGAUUUGUACUUAAAUGUACAAAAAAAGAAGAAAAACACUAAACUUUAUAUUUAAAACUUGACAAAUGAUGAUAAUUAUAAUAUUACAGGAAAUAUUUUACUGUAUAUUUGUUUUAUUAUACAUUUGAAUCAUGAAUAUCAAUCAAUCAUGUAAUAAAGUACUGCUCAGACUCA